UUGAGUUCUUUUGGAGGUUUGUCCCGCUCCUUUGCUGGGUUUGCCUGGCUCCCGACAAAAGUGGGGUUUGUUUUUUUUCCAAACUUGCGAGCCUCUGGCUUGUGUAAAUUAAGACGCUGAAUGACACCAUUGUGCUGGGCAUUUGCUUGUGAAUGGGACUUGGCUGCUCGCCCGCUUUCCUGGCUCAGGUUCCAGACAAUGAUGAGCAGUUUGUGCCUGACUUCCAUUCAGAAAACUUAGCUUUUCACAGUCCUCCUGCUAAGAUAAAAAAGGAGCCCCAAAGCCCCUCAGAGCCCACGCUGUCCUGCAGCCAUGAGCAGCCAUUCCAGCACAACAGUGAGCAGUGCCUUUAUGCCAGUGCCUAUGACCAGCCCAGACAGUCUCCCAGCCCAGGAGUCCUGAUUCAGCCCCCACUCCAGCAGUUCCCUAGAGGGGACAGCAGCUUCCUGAACCCUGCAGGGCCCCCUGGCUCCACAUCCAGCUGUGGAUUCCUCAGUGACAACAGCUCUGCAUAUCAGCCACCUCUGGAGAUGUGCCACUCCUUCCCACCCUCCCAGGGCAUGGCCCAGGAAGAUCCCACUGCCUUCCAGUGCCAGCUGCCCAAGCCCUGCCUCCAGUACCCUCAGCAGGGCUUCAAACAGGAGCACCAAGACCCACAAUACGAGCAAGCAAGCCAGGCAGGCAGCAGGCAGCAGUUCCCAGCUGUGGUGGUGAAGCAGGAACAGCUGGAUUUCCUCUAUGACUCAGAUGUUCCUGACUGUCCUUCCAUGUACUUAAAUGCUGAGAGUUACCCAAGCCAUUCAAAUACAGAAGACACAUUAGGCUGCAGCUAUGACAAGCAGAUGAGAUCCUUUACAGAUGAUAUCUGUGUUGUUCCAGAAAAAUUUGAAGGUUGGAGAAAGAAUGGCUUGGAGUUUUGUUCAGGAGACAUCAAGCAGGAAGGAGGAGGGUACAGGGAAGGACCCCCCUACCAGAGACGGGGAUCACUCCAGCUCUGGCAGUUCCUUGUGGCUCUGUUGGACAAUCCCAGCAAUUCCCACUUCAUUGCCUGGACUGGUAGAGGAAUGGAGUUCAAGCUCAUCGAGCCAGAGGAGGUGGCCAGGCUGUGGGGGAUCCAGAAGAACCGUCCAGCCAUGAACUAUGACAAGCUGAGCCGAUCUCUGCGCUACUAUUACGAGAAAGGCAUCAUGCAGAAGGUGGCUGGGGAGCGUUAUGUGUACAAGUUUGUGUGUGAGCCUGAGGCUUUGUUCUCCAUGGCCUUCCCCGAGCAGCAGCGGCCGGCGCUGAAGGCGGAGCUGGAGCGGCAGGUGAGCGAGGAGGACACGGUGCCUCUGUCUCACCUGGAGGACAAUGGCUCCUACCUGCCAGACCUGGGGAGCUUCCCCCCACAGCUCUACAGCAAAGGCUACACGUACUAGCACUGCUGGGAGCACUGCUGGGAGCACACUGUGCGUGUGUGUAGAAGGAGAUGGCUGGUUAGUGCUCAAUGGUCUCAGCAUUUGUUCAGGCCAGCACUGAACUCUGGAUCCCUGCUUUGGUCAGGACAAGGGUUCAGGUACACAAGUGGAUCAUCACCUCACAGCAGACAGGGCUCAGGUGUGCUUGUGCUAGAACUCUCACUGUGCCAGGCUGGGGCACGUUCUCAGCCGUGCAGACAUCUCAGCUACAGCUGCAGCAGCAGAUCAGGUAAUUGAUGCCUCCAGAUGUGUCAAACACCAGAUGUGUGAGAAUGCUACAAUGCUGCUGCUGACUCCAUUCCUCCAGUCCCUGUCCUGAACCUCAGUGUGACCUGCUUUCAGCUCAGAGGAACUCACUCUGAAAGGCCAUUCCCAGGAUGGCUGCAGGACAAUGGUCACAGAUCUUGUGCCUUCCUUGAGGAACACUCCUUGUCUUGUACGUGCAUGCUCCUGCCUUAUCACCUCCGUGCUCACGCCAGGAGUUCCUGGCAUUCUCACUCUGAGCCUUGGCCAGGAUUGGAGCAGUCCUGGAGCCCGUGGCCCAAAGGCAGUUAGGGGAACCACAGAGGAGCUCGAUGGCAUUGGGCUGGGGCACAGAUCAAAGCCAAUGCCUCGUUCUGGUAACAGGAUUGUGAGAAGUAGCAAGGCCUGAGAUACAGCUCAGUGUCAUGUUGUGACUUUUACAAACUGAAAAAGUUCUUCAACAAACAUUCUCAGGAUAUUUGAAGAGCUGCCAGGCUCUUGAGUGUGCCCAUCCUGGGCUUGGCUAGAGAAUCCUCUGAGGCAAGAGAAGAACCUGGUGGAGGUGUGAUUAAAAAAUGCUAUACAAAGUAAUCUAAACCAUACAUAAAUCUUCAUAUAGGAAUUCAGACUUAAACUCCACAGAUAUUUGCAUGUUUGAGGGGAAUUCAGAUGUUUGGAAAAGGCAGCUCUCUCUGCAGUCCAGUGCAGCACAUGCAACUUAACUAAACUGGCAGGUUUUCCACAACAGGAAAUGUUUACAAUGGGCACAACACCCUGAGUAAGAGGUGUUUAAUUUUUUAAUUAGCAGCUCUACCACAUACCCAGUUAGACAAGGAGCAGUACAGUGUGCCCAUAGAGAAAAGGUCUGUUUCCACUGCUUCAGACUGAUGUUUCAGCUAAGCAUACAGAGCAUUGCCAAUCCUGUCAGCAUGGUAGCCUGUAGAGGAAAUUCUGUAUAUUGACUGAAAGCCUGAUUUCCCCUGAUCACUCACCCCUGCAUGGCUUAUGCCAACCCUCCCAGCCUCUUUGCUGAGUGCAACAGCCUUGAAAGGCAGCACUCCCUGCCUGAGGAGAGGCCAGGACUCAGAGCAGUCUGCUCUGCUGCUGCCUUUGCAGGCCUUGUGCAGAGACUUGGUGUUGACUGUUCUGACCCUCCUGCCUUGCCCUGCACCUACCUGGCCAGCACAGUUCCUGUGGUGUCCCAGAAGUGAGGGUGACAGGGAACCCUUCCUUUGGUAUAAGCUGCCUUUACUAUUUAUGAGUGUAAAAAUGCUAUAAUUAAUAAAUUGGUCUGUCUCCGGCCAGUGCAACUUCA